AUGGCUGAACGAGCAGCAAAUGAACUAAAUGAGGACUUUACACUCCUGAACAGGGCAGCUUCAAAUGGCCAUCUGAACGUUGUUCAGAACCUCUUCGGUGAAGAAGCACAGGUUUGGAGGAACAAUAAUGAUGAUCAAACUCGUCUUCACUGUGCAUCACGCGAUGGUCAUCUUGAUGAAGUUCAGUAUAUCAUUGGUCAAGGAGCAAAUGUUGAGAGGAAUGAUACUGAUGGUCAAACACCUCUCCACUUGGCAUCAGACUGUGGUCAUCUCAAUGUAGUUCAGUAUCUCCUUGUUCAGUAUCUCGUUGGUCAAGGAGCACUGGUUGAGAGAAUUGAUAUUGAUGGUCAAACACCUCUCCACUGUGCAUCUACCAAUGGUCAUCUUGAAGUAGCUCAGUAUCUCGUUGGUAAAGGAGCACUGGUUGAGACGAAUGAUAACGAUGGUCACACACCCCUUCACUGUGCAUCAAACGAAGGUUAUCUUGAGGUAGUUCAGUAUCUCGUUGGUCAAGGAGCACUGGUUGAGACGAAUGAUAACGAUGGUCACACACCCCUUCACUGUGCAUCAAACGAAGGUUAUCUUGAGGUAGUUCAGUAUCUCGUUGGUCAAGGAGCACUGGUUGAGAGAAUUGAUAUUGAUGGUCAAACACCUCUCCACUGCGCAUCUACCAAUGGUCAUCUUGAAGUAGCUCAGUAUCUCGUUGGUAAAGGAGCACUGGUUGAGAGGAAUGACACUGAAGGUCAAACACCUCUCCACUUGGCAUCAGACUGUGGUAAUCUUAAUGUAGUUCAGUAUCUCCUUGGUAAAGGAGCUCAGCUUGAUAAGCUUGACAAUCUUAGUUGGUCUCCUCUUAACUGUGCAUCAAACAAUGGUCAUCUUGAAGUAGUUCAGUAUCUCGUUGGUCAAGGGGCACUAGUUGAGACGAAUGAUAUUGAUGGUCACACACCCCUUCACUGUGCAUCAAACGAAGGUUAUCUUGAGGUAGUUCAGUAUCUCGUUGGUCAAGGAGCACCGAUUGAGAGAAUUGAUAUUGAUGGUCAAACACCUCUUCACUGUGCAUCAAACAAUGGUAAUCUUGAAGUAGUUCAGUUUCUCAUUGGUCAAGGAGCACUGGUUGAGAAGAAUGAUAAUGAGGGUCACACACCUCUUUACUAUGCAUCAAUCAGUGGUCAUCUUGAAGUAGUUCAGUUUCUUGUUGACCAAGGAGCACUGAUUGAGAGUGGUGAACACAAUGGUCACACACCUCUUCACUGUGCAUCAGUCAUUGGGCAUCUUGGAAUAGUUCAGUAUCUCAUUGGUCAAGGAGCACUGGUUGAGGGCACUCAGUAUCUCGUUGGUAAAGGAGCACUGGUUGAGACGAAUGAUAACGAUGGUCACACACCCCUUCACUGUGCAUCAAACGAAGGUUAUCUUGAGGUAGUUCAGUAUCUCGUUGGUCAAGGAGCACUGGUUGAGACGAAUGAUAACGAUGGUCACACACCCCUUCACUGUGCAUCAAACGAAGGUUAUCUUGAGGUAGUUCAGUAUCUCGUUGGUCAAGGAGCACUGGUUGAGAGAAUUGAUAUUGAUGGUCAAACACCUCUCCACUGCGCAUCUACCAAUGGUCAUCUUGAAGUAGCUCAGUAUCUCGUUGGUAAAGGAGCACUGGUUGAGAGGAAUGACACUGAAGGUCAAACACCUCUCCACUUGGCAUCAGACUGUGGUAAUCUUAAUGUAGUUCAGUAUCUCCUUGGUAAAGGAGCUCAGCUUGAUAAGCUUGACAAUCUUAGUUGGUCUCCUCUUAACUGUGCAUCAAACAAUGGUCAUCUUGAAGUAGUUCAGUAUCUCGUUGGUCAAGGGGCACUAGUUGAGACGAAUGAUAUUGAUGGUCACACACCCCUUCACUGUGCAUCAAACGAAGGUUAUCUUGAGGUAGUUCAGUAUCUCGUUGGUCAAGGAGCACCGAUUGAGAGAAUUGAUAUUGAUGGUCAAACACCUCUUCACUGUGCAUCAAACAAUGGUAAUCUUGAAGUAGUUCAGUUUCUCAUUGGUCAAGGAGCACUGGUUGAGAAGAAUGAUAAUGAGGGUCACACACCUCUUUACUAUGCAUCAAUCAGUGGUCAUCUUGAAGUAGUUCAGUUUCUUGUUGACCAAGGAGCACUGAUUGAGAGUGGUGAACACAAUGGUCACACACCUCUUCACUGUGCAUCAGUCAUUGGGCAUCUUGGAAUAGUUCAGUAUCUCAUUGGUCAAGGAGCACUGGUUGAGGGCAGUAAUGAUAGUCACUCACCUCUUCAAACUGCAUCGGGCAAUGGUCAUCUUGAAGUAGUUCAGUAUCUCGUUGGUCAAGGGGCACUGGUUGAGAGCAAUACUAAUGAUCGUUUACCCCUUCACCGUGCAUCACGCAAUGGUCAUCUUGAAGUAGCUCAGUAUCUAGUUGGUCAAGGAGCACUGGUUGAGAAGACUGAUAAUGAUGGUCACACUCCUCUUCACUUGGCAUCAAACAAUGGUCACCUCGAAGUAGUUCAGUAUCUCGUUGGUCAAGGAGCACAGGUUGAGAAGAAUGAUAAUGGUGGUCACACACCUCUUCACUUUGCAUCAAGCGAAGGUCAUCUUGAAGUAGCUCAGUAUCUAGUUGGUCGAGGCGCACAUGUUGAGAGGGACAAUAAACAUGGUCGUACACCUCUCCACUGUGCAUCAAUUGAAGGUCAUCUUGAAGUAGUUCAGUAUUUCGUUGGAGAAGGAGCACAGAUUGAUAAGAUUGAUAAUCUUAGUUGGACUCCUCUUUACUGUGCAUCAUACCAUGGUCAUCUUGGAGUAGUCCAGUAUCUCGUUGGUCACGGAGCACAGGUUGCGAAGAGUAAUAAUGAUGGACAAACACCUCUUCGCUGUGCAUCAGCUAAUGGUCAUCUUGAAGUAGUCCAGUAUCUCGUUGGUCGAGGAGCACUGAUUGAUAAGCCUGACAAUCUUAGUUUUACUCCCCUUCACUGUGCAUCAUUCGAAGGUCAUCUUGAAGUAGUUCAGUAUCUCGUGAGUCAAGGAGCCCUUUUUGAGAAGAAUGACAAUGAUGGUCACGCAGCUCUUAACUGUGCAUCACUCAGUGGUCAUCUUGAAGUAGUUCAGUAUCUCGUUUCUCAAGGAGCACUGGUAGAGAGCAAUAGUGAUGGUCACACACCUCUUCACUGUGCAUCGAGCGAAGGUCAUCCUGAAAUAGUUCAGUAUCUCGUUUCUCAAGGAGCAGAGAUUAAUAAGCUUGAUAAUAAUGGUCGGACUCCUCUUUACUGUGCAUCACUCAAUGGCCAUCUUGAAGUAGUUCAGUAUCUCGUUGGUCAACGGGCAAAGGUUGAGAAGAGUGAUAAUGAUGGUCACACACCUCUACACUGUGCAUCAGGCAAUGGUCACCUUGAAGUAGUUCAGUAUCUUGUAGCUAAAGGAGCAUAUGUUGAGAGGGAAAAUAAUAAUGGUCGUACCCCACUCCACUGGGCAUCAUGCAAAAGCCAUCUCAAUGUAGUUCAGUAUCUCGUUGGUCAAGGAGCAAAUGUUGAGAAGAAUGAUAAUGAUGGUCACACACCUCUUCACUGUGCAUCAGGCAAUGGUCACCUUGAAGUAGUUCAGUAUCUUGUAGCUAAAGGAGCAAAUGUUGAGAGGGAAAAUAAUAAUGGUCGUACACCACUUCACUGUUCAUCAAGCGAUGGUCGUCUAAAAGUAGUUCAGUAUCUAGUUAGUCAAGGAGCACGUGUUGAGAAGCACGAUAUUGAUGGUCUAACACCGCUCACUUUGGCGUCAUACAAUCGUCAUCUUGAAGUAGUUCAGUAUCUCGUUGGUCAAGGAGCAAAUGUUGAGAGGAAUGAUAAUGAUGGUCUCACACCUCUUCACUGUGCAUCAAGCGAAGGUCACCUUGAAGUAGUUCAGUAUUUCAUUGAUAAAGGAGCACUGGUUGAGAGGAAGAAUAAUGAUGGUCACACACCUCUUCACUGUGCAUCAAGCGAAGGUCAUCUUAAAGUAGUACAGUAUCUCUUUGAUCAAGGAGCACAUGGUGAUAUGGACAAUAGUGAUGGUAAUACACCUCUUCACUUGGCAUCAAACAAUGGUCACCUUGAAGUAGUUCAGUAUCUCGUUGGUCAAGGAGCACAGAUUGAUGAGCUUGAUAAACAUGGUUGGACUCCUCUUCACUGUGCAUCAAGCAAUGGUCAUCUUAAUGUAGUUGAUUAUCUCGUCAGUCAAAGAGCGGAGAUUGAUAUCCUUGAUAUUCUUAGUCGGACACCUCUUUACUGUGCAUCAAUCAAUGGUCAGCUUGAAGUAGUUCGGUAUCUCGUUGGUCGAGGAGCACUGGUUGAGGCGGAUAAUGAUGAUGCUCCAACACCUCUCGCCUUGACAUCAAACUUUGGUUAUCUCAAUGUAGUAAAGUAUCUCAUUGGUAAAGGAGCAAAGGUUGAUGGGAAUGAUUAUGAUGGUGUCACGCCUCUUCACUAUGCAUCACGCAAUGGUCAUCUUGAAGUAGUUCAGUAUCUCGUUAGUCAAGAAGCGGAGAUUGAUAUCCUUGAUCUUCUUAGUCGGACUCCUCUUCAUUGUGCAUCACUCAAUGGCCGUCUUGAAGUAGUUGAGUAUCUCGUUGGUCAAGGAGCCCUGGUUGAGGAGGAUGAUACUGAAGCUCCAACACCUCUCACCGUGGCUUCAUACUUUGGUCAUCUCAAUGUAGUUCAGUAUCUCGUUGGUCAAGGAGCAAAGGUUGAGGGGAAUGAUUAUGAUGGUCACACACCUCUUCACUGUGCAUCAAGCAAUGGUCAUCUUGAAGUAGUUCAGUAUCUCAUUGGUCAAGGAGCAAAGGUUGAGAGGACUGAUAAUGAUGGUCACACACCUCUUCACUGUGCAUCAAGCAAUGGUCAUCUUGAAGUAGUUCAGCAUCUCGUUGGUCAAGAGGCACAUGUUGAGAGGGACAAUAAUAAUGGUCAAACACCUCUUCACUUGGCAUCAAGAAAUGGACAUCUUGAAGUAGUUCAGUAUCUCAUUGAUCAAGGAGCACAACCUGAAGCACUUCAAAAGGGAUCCAGGUCAAGCAAAGUCUCCGGUGAUAAGAAAGAGAGCAAAGCCGGAACAUCCACUGCUAUUGCAUACAAGAAAUCUAAGACUCAAAGUACACAAGCGAAGAAGCCGCCACAGGACGGUACCAAGAUCAUGAAGACCAAACCGACAUCAGCUAAGAAGGUGCCCCAGGAUGGUACCAAACCAGGUGCAUCCACACUCAAAAAUUCGACGUCCGCGGUGGGAGACGGAAAGAGGAAAGCAACACAAGAAAAGGACGGCCCAAAUCAUGAAACAAGCAGUAAGCACAAUGCUGAAUCUUUGCUUCCUUCCAACAUGUUCUGUCUCUUGGACAUUUCGCCUAGUCCGAGAUCGAUCUAA